UCAUCCCCAGCAAAGCGGAAGUCCAGUGGGCUGAGGACAAAAGAUGCUGCUUCCUCACCUACCUUCCAUCUGGUGGACCUGAGCCUAAUCUCUGGGACAAAGAUGGUGCGUGCAAAAGCCGUCACAGUCCCCAGCACCUCCCUGGGCCUGCCACAGCAACACAGCGGAGUCAGCAGUGUCAUAGUGAAAACCCCUUUCCAUCAGGUGUCCUGCUGUGCGCCUGUUCCUUGUACCAGCUGCUGCCACUCUAGGUGGCCCUCUCUCACAGAGUCUACUUGCAGCCGCCUGUUCUACAUCCUCCUCCAUGUGGGAGCCUCAGCAGUCUGCUGCCUCCUGCUGUCAAGGACAGUAGUGGAAAAGGUCUGGGGCAAGGCACAGGGGAUCCAGAUGCCUUCAGGGUUGUGUGUCCACCUGUUUGGCCACUCUGACUGUCCAGUGCUCAGUGGCUCUGGGGCUGUGUACCGCAUAUGUGCAGGAACCGCCACCUUCCACCUGCUGCAGGCUGUGCUGCUGGUCCACCUCCACUCCCCCACCAGCCCACGGGCACAGCUGCAUAAUAGCUUCUGGCUCCUCAAGCUGCUGUUGCUGUUAGGUCUCUGUGCUGUUGCCUUCUGCAUCCCUGAUGAGCAUCUCUUCCCAGCCUGGCAUUACAUUGGCAUCUGUGGAGGCUUCACAUUCAUCCUACUGCAGUUGGUGCUUAUCACAGCCUUUGCCCAUUCCUGGAACAAGAACUGGCUGACAGGUGCAGCCCAAGACUGCAGCUGGUUCCUAGCCGUGCUGCUGGCCACCCUAGGAUUCUACAGCAUGGCAGGUGUGGGAGCUGCGCUCCUCUUCCAACACUACACGCACCCCGCUGGCUGCCUGCUCAACAAGAUGCUGAUUAGUCUUCACCUUUGCUUCUGUGGCCUCCUCUCCUUCCUCUCCAUCGCUCCUUGCAUCCGCCUCAAGCAACCUCGCUCUGGCCUUCUACAAGCCUCUGUCAUCAGCUGCUAUGUCAUGUAUCUGACUUUCUCUGCGCUGUCCAGCCGUCCUCCAGAGAGAGUAAUCCUUCAAGGACAGAAUCACACCCUGUGCCUGCCUGGCCUGAGUAAAAUGGAACCCCAAACACCAGAUACCUCAAUAGCAGUGUUGAGUGCUGGCAUCAUGUAUGCUUGUGUACUUUUUGCUUGCAAUGAGGCUUCCUACCUGGCUGAGGUAUUUGGACCCCUGUGGAUUGUCAAGGUUUACAGCUAUGAAUUCCAGAAGCCCUCACUCUGUUUCUGCUGCCCUGAAACAGUGGAGGCAGAGGAAGGGCAAAGGACUGGAGCUGCCAGGCCAGUUGACCAAGAGACCCCUCCAGCUCCUCCAGUGCAAGCCCAGCAUCUUUCCUACAGCUAUUCUACCUUCCACUUCGUCUUUUUCCUUGCCUCACUCUACGUCAUGGUUACCCUUACCAACUGGUUCAGCUAUGAAGGAGCAGAACUGGAAAAGACCUUCACAAAGGGUAGCUGGGCUACCUUCUGGGUCAAGGUUGCCUCCUGCUGGGCCUGUGUACUCCUCUACCUGGGGCUGCUACUGGCACCAUUCUGUUGGUCCCCUACCCAGAACCCCCAGCCCCCUAUGUUCAGGGGGCACUGCCAUCGCAUCAGUAUUGCCAGAUAAGAAACAGCCUCCAGUGUAGGUCCUUUUAAGAAACUGGGGUUUCCCUGAGGUUGUACUCCUAGUUUUGGCUCAGGGGAGUUGUCCAGCCCAGCUCAGUACCUCAAGGAACAAUGGGGAGUUUUCUCCCUUCAGGCUGAAGUCAAUACUAAGUCUGAAUUGGAAGAUGUGGUCAUAAACUGCCCUGGGCAGAGGAUCUGACUCACUGGAGCAACCAUUAUGUUUUCAUCCCAGCUCAAGAGCCUAACUCACAAAUCAGCAGCUCAGGAAUCACUGCUGAUCCCAGCAGACAGUGUGGCCACCAGUCCUUUCCUGGUGCUUGAGCUGGAGGUGGGGGCAGGGAAAGUCCAAUAGGGACCGAAGACUUGGCUGUGCCCUUGGAGAUAAAAAGAAAAUAAGCAGUUCAGCCCUGGGCACAGGCAUGUAAGAAGCCCAGAACCACAGAACAAACCAGGGCAUAGGAAGAAAGGAGGAGCACAGAGGCUACCACAGGUUUUAAUCCUGAUCCUGAGGUCAAGGGAAGUGGGAAGACAAAAACUACCCUCAUUCCAUGAGGAAUGACAGAAGAGAAUGUGAACACUUGAGAGCAGCUGACCACAGGAAGUCGGUAAGCAGGAUUUUUUCAACUUUCAAGCAGACGAACAAACUGAGGAAGAAUGAGGAAGAGAGGCACAAACUUAGGUCUUGGAGCCUUCCCUCUUAGGCCCUCAACUCCAUCCGUGGGAUGGUGUUCAAAGUCUGGAUGGAGAACAAAAAUCACAGAAAAGAAGUCUCUAUGGUUCUCAGAGGAUUCCUCUACCACAUAUCUGGAGUACUUGUCUGGUUGUCAUUGUAUAAUAAAGGCUUCUUCUGUGAUGAUUCACUUACUAAGUCUACAUAUCCACAAUCUCUCAGGAGUCUGAAGAGCUCUCCCCUUUUGGUGGGAAAGGGCAGUCA